AGUGUGCUUUGAAAGGAGCUGCUUUUCUGCCCCUGGAUUCCUUCCGACUGUCCAGCUGCCAACCUGUUCUGCUCCGAUCGCGGGCGAGGCCAGCAGCCUGCUUUGAGAUCACAACCUCCCUGCUACUAGGCCAGCACAGAGGGGCCCAGCAGCUCUGAGCAACCCCACUUCCUGCAGGACAGCGAUGGAGCUGCUCUGGACAGCCCUGCUGAUGGUGGCUUCUUGGGUCGCGGCUGUGCACAGCUCCCUGGAGCAGGGCUCCACUGUCCCCAGCAACAACCUCUCCUGGCCCUUGCACAUCGUGGAGGAGCAAGACCUGCUGGUGCUGACACCGCCUGGCCUAGCCCAGAUGCUCAACGAGACCCGCUUUCUCAUGGUGCUUUUCCACAACCCAUCCUCCAAGCAAUCCAGGAACCUGGCGCAAGAGCUGGGCAAAGCUGUGAGGAUGAUGGGCAAGGGCAAGAACGGGAUUGGCUUUGGCAAAGUGGACAUCACAGUGGAGAAGGAGCUUAAGCAGGAGUUUGACAUCAAGAAGGCUCCUGAGUUGAAGCUAUUUUUUGAGGGCAACAGGUCGGAGCCCAUCAGCUGCAAAGGAGUGGUUGAAUCUGCAGCCUUGGUGGUUUGGUUGAGAAGACAAAUUAGCCAGAAAGCAUUUUUGUUCAACAACAGCCUGCAAGUGGCAAAUUUUGUGCAAUCCAGGCCUGUGGUCAUCAUUGGUUUCUUCCAGGAUUUGGAGGAAGAAGUAGCAGAAAUGUUCUAUGAUGUGAUCAAGGACUUCCCCGAGCUUACAUUUGGAGUGGUGGCGAUAAAAAAUGCCAUUGGACGUUUCCAUGUGGUCCUUGACAGUGUCCUCGUAUUCAAAAAGGGGAGAGUUGUGAACCGCCAAGAGCUUAUUAAUGACAGUACCUACAAACAGGACCUCAAUGGAGUCAUAAGAAAGCACCUGACAGAUUUUGUGAUUGAAUAUAACACUCAGAAUAAGGAUCUGAUUUAUGAAAUGAACAUUUUAAAUCACAUGCUGCUGUUUGUCUCCAGGAAGUCUGAGUCGUAUAGAGUCAUACUUCAGCAUUAUAAGUUGGCCUCCAAGGAAUUCCAGAACAAGAUCCUCUUCAUUGUUGUGGAUGUGGAUGAACAAAGAAGCAGACAUGUCCUAGAGUAUUUCCAGGUCACAAAGUUCGCUGUCCCAUCUGUUCAAAUCCUAAACUUGAGCUCUGAUGCCCGGUACAAGAUGCCUUCAGAUGAGAUAAACUAUGAAAACUUCAAGACAUUUGGCAGAAGCUUCCUGAAUAAAACUGCCAAGAAACAUCAACCCAGUGAAGAGAUUCCAAAAUAUUGGGACCAAGGUCUAGUUAAGCAGCUCGUGGGGAAGAACUUCAACAUCGUCGUCUUUGACAAGGAAAGGGAUGUGUUCGUGAUGUUUUAUGCACCCUGGUCUGAGAAGUGCAUGGUACUGUUCCCACUCCUGGAGGAGUUGGGCAGGAAGUACCAAAACCACUCCACAGUCACCAUUGCCAAGAUUGACAUCACAGCUAAUGACAUCCAGCUGAUGAACCCAGACCAGUACCCAUUCUUCAGGCUCUUCCCCACUGACUCUGAACAGGCUGUGCCAUAUACAGGAGAACACACUGUGAAGGGCAUCUCUGACUUCCUGGAGAGCCAAGUCAAGAUCAGGAUUGAAGAUGAGGAUGAGCUAUUGUCCAUUGAGCAAAAGGAAAUGAUAGAAGAGGAGGAGAUAGCUGAAGAAAAGGAAAGAACUUACUUGGAGCCGGAGUUACCUGUGCAGCAGAUGCCCAAGCAGCAGUUCCCUGAGCUGGAGAAUGUGACCAAAGUGAAGGUGCCAGUGGGAGAGCCAUCUGCACCGGAGAACGUGACCAAGCUGGAAGUGGCAGUGCAAGAGCUGCCUGAGCGGGAGGACGUGACCAAGGUGGAGGCUCCGGUGGGACAGAAGAAAAGACCUGAGAAGAAGGAUGAGGCAGCUAAGCCGGAAAGACCUCCAAGACAGGAGAAGAAAUUCGGAGUCAAAGAAGAACUUUAGCUUCUGCAAGGCCAGGAGGGAAGGGGAAGGGAGGCCCAUAUUUCAGGUCCUGACAUAAUUAUUGAAUGGAUCUAUUAUAAUAGUCUUAUCCUCCAUUGUGGUGGGACAGGUGGGGAUGAGGAAUAAAUCCCCUAAUGUCCUUGGCCCUGUUUUACUCAUUACCCCUUUUUCCAGUGGGUGCUGCUUUAGGAUUUCUAUCUGGCCUGGAAUUCAGCCACGGCUGCAGGGGCAGUCACAACAGUGACCUAUAUAACAUGAUUUUCCACACUCAUUUUUCUAACUGUGCAACAGCAUUGGAGAUAGGCUGCUUAUACCCACUUGCAAAUGAGGAAACUGAGGCACAGUCUUAAACAACCAGUCAAGACUUUCCUGCUAGAAAGCUAUUGAGGGACAGGGGAGAUGG